AUGAACAACAAACUCGCUGAUUUAAUUAGCAACUACCUCAACGAAUAGAAACAUCUAACCGAUAAGUAUACUAGGUUAUUCAAUCAAAUUAAACAAGCUGACUCCUAUUAUGGUCGCAAUUCCAAUUCUAUUCUAAAUCUCAAGAAAAGGUCUUCAAAUUCAGAUUACAGUUAUAGUUCCAACAAAGAAAAAGUAUACUGUUAAUUUUGUGGAAAGCAAUACACUAGCAGAUUGCCGCUCAAAAAUCACAUCGAAAAGUUCCACUUCCAAGAAAACUACCCUUCCAAACAGGAACUGUCCACCAAACAGAUCACUCCCUAUGAUGAUGAUGAUGAAGAUUACAGAAAUGACGAAAAUAGUUACAAUGAAGCAGAUGAAGAAUUGAGACAAAAAUUAUUAAGGAAUGUCCAAGCCAUUGAGAAGAGAGAACGCCAGGGUCCUCCUCAAGAAGAAGUCAUCAUCAGUGGCAUAGAUUCAGAUUCAGACAAUUGAUUUCUAUUCAAUAUUCAAUUAAUUACAUAUUUAUACAUACAAUUGUGAUGUCUCUUAGNAUCCUAAUUAUAUUCAACCACUCUUCAACGAAUUCGAAGAACUCAAAGAAACUCAACUCAAACAAGCCAUCAGUCAAUUAGCAUUCAGAAUGAAUUUCCCAUUGGAGAAGAUCCUGGUUAUGGAUGGGUCCAAAAGAUCGGACCAUUCAAAUGCCUACUUCUUUGGUAUGUACAGCAAGCGAAUAGUGCUGUAUGACACUCUCAUCAAUAAUCUGACAAACGAGGAGAUUGUGGCUGUGGUUGCUCAUGAAUUGGGACAUUGGAAAUAUAGACAUCCCUACAUCAAAUUAUUAUUCUUUUGCAUCAAAAGUAUGUAUUAGUAUUUAAUUAUAGUUUUGAUCACUUUCUACAUCUUUGGCUUCUACAGAGAUUCGGAUGUCGUGUUCUUGAGUUUUGGUUUCAAGGAGAAGUCCAUCUUCAUUGGGUCUGCCUUGUUCUUUUCUCUCUUUGAACCCAUGAAUACAUUGUUCCAAAUAUUCGAACUCCAUUUGUCCCGUUUCUUCGAGUAUCAGGCAGACAUAUUUGCCAAUCAUCAUGGUCUCGGGUCCUAUUUGAUGAGUGGAUUGAUCAAGCUGUUCAAAUAGAACUCCACGAAUUUGAUGGUAGACCCAAUCUAUCAAUGGUACUAUAAUAGUCAUCCCUCAUUGUUUGAGCGAUUGAAGUACUUAAAUAAAUUGAGAUGA